AUGGCCUCCCGUUGCACGUCCUCUCACCCUUCCAAAUGCCCACUUCGUCGAUCCCGCGCUCGCCCCGACUAUUUUUCCAAUUUCCACUCUUCUCUCCCACGAGCCACCUCGAUGCUCUUCAUCGCGCUCUCUGUAAAUCGCCGUCGCUCUUCAUCUCGUCUCCUCCCGUCAACCACCUCGUCGCUAUCUCAUGCGCGCCUCAAAUUGCCCUCCCGUCGCCCUUUCUCCCUUCGCGUCACCCACCUCGUCGCCUCUGCGCGCGCCUCAAAUCGCCCUCCCGACGCCCUUUCUCUCUUCACAUCACCCAUCUCGUCGCCCUCCUUAUCACCAUUCGCAUCACCCACCUCGUCGCCCUCUCACUCGCCUUUAAUCGCCGCGAUCGCCCUCGCGAUCUCCUCUCCCAUCCCGUCGCCCUCCCCUUCUCCUUCCCCUUCGCCCUCGCCAUGUCCCAUCCCUUCUGGUCGCCCUCUCAAUCUCUCUUCCCUUCGCCCUCUCAGUCACUUCACUUUCUUCCGCCCCUCUCGAUCGCGCUCACGCUCUCCGCGUCUCCUUCCCGCCCCGUCGUCAUCACGUUUUCCCCGCCCGUUACGACCCUUUCGCGCUUUCAGCUCCCUUCCCGUCGCCCUCACGUUUUGGAAUUUGAACCCUCCGCUCCCUUCUCAUCGCAAGCACGCACGCUCGCGCCGAAUGCCAUCUUGCCGCCCUUCCUCUCUCCCGUUCGUUCACCCACCCUCGCUGCCCGCGAGCUUUCCCUGUAGUAACGCCUUCUUGCCGUCCUUCCUCACUCCCCUCCGUUCAGUUACCUCGUCGCCCACACGCUCGCCCCGGAAUGCCCCCCCCCCCCCCCCGUCGCCUUUCUUCUCUCCCCUCCCAUCACUAACAGUUGCGUACGCUCUUGCUCUGAAACGCCCUCCCCGCGCCCUUCCUCCCUCCCCUCCCAUCACCUUUCUCAUCGCCUUCGCCCUCUCCCUCCCGUCGCCCUUGCAAUCUCUCCUCCCAUCCCAUCGCCCUAUUCAUCUGCCAUCGCUCACGUCCUACCCUUCCAUCGGCCUCGUGCUCACGUUCUCCCCUCCCAUCUCCCUCGCACUCACGUUCUCCCCUCCCCUCGCCAUCGCGCUCACGUUCUCCCGUCUUCGCAUCGCCUUCGCGCGCAUGGUCUCCCCUCCCAUCACCUCGCACUCAGAUUCUCCCCUCCCAUCUCCCUCGCGCUCACGUUCUCGUCUCCCGUCGCCUUCGCGCUCGCACCUUCUCGUCCCCUCUCGUCGCCCUCGUACUCUUUCAUCUCGUCCCUUCCUGUUGCCCUCGUGCUCUCCCGUCCUGUCCCGUCACCGCGCUCGCCCCUCACGUCCCGUCCCGUCGCCCUCGUGCUCUCCCCUCCCCAAUGCCCCUCGCAUCACCGAACCCACCACGGCGCUACGCCGUCUGCUAGCAUGCGCUCUCCAUUCCAAUCUCCGCGCGCCGCCACCUCCGCUGACCCUCGCCGCGCUGCCCGUCGUCCCUCAACACGCCUCCCUCUCGCAGCUCGCGCGCGGUCUCACCGCUCCUGCAUUCGUCGCUCCACCGUGCUUUCCCACCCGCCCGUCUUGGGCGCUACCGCAGGCAGUAUCGGCGCGCGCGCUGCAGGGCUUCCCCGCGCGAAGAGCGGGGCUCGGCGCCGUGGUGGUGGAGUAUGACGACGAUGACACGGAUGCGCGUGACCGAUUCAUCGCCGUCGCUGACUACUUGGAGGAGCGCUUCCCCGCCAUCAUGGUCACCGGCAAUCCCGAGGGCUCCCAGGCCAGGCCUGGGUCGUUCGAGGUCUCCUUUGGCCACUCCCUGCUCUUCUCCCGCCUGCAGCUUGAGCGCCUACCGUCCCCAGAGGAGCUAGAGGCCCCGCUGGAGCCGCUGCUGGAUGAUGCGCAGCCUGAGUAG